AUGUCUGUUGACGAACACUUGAACCAGGGUACUGGUGAGAAACAAUAUCGCCGUCGAGACUUACGUAAUGGACUAGCUUCACGCAUGGGUCUGGGGGAAAGCACGUAUCGGGCGCGAGAGUACGGCCCCUCGCGCCGCUCACGUUUCAGGGACCGGCGAGACGCAAGGCCUCCUCCGCCUACACAUCAGAGAGUGCGUUUUUUAAACAUUCCCCUUGAUGUGAGCGACUAUGAGAUUGACGACCUUUUAAAGGACCUACCCAAACCAUUGUAUAGCAAAUUUUACGAUCACGAGGAUAGCCGCAGCGCCGUGUUUGAGUUCGAGGACCACAGCAUCUUGGACAAGUGCGUCGAACUUUACAAUGGCCUCGAGCUACAUGGUGCGAAGAUAACAGUGGAAAUUUUUGAACAGCAGGGAAGGUUCGCUGACAGUACAAGGACAAACCGCUCUACAGAUCACGUUGAGAAAGAAGCCGGCUUCAAAACAGGUCGGCCACGUGGGAAAGCUCGGGCAACCAAGAAGGAGAAGCCGCCACAGCCCACGCUGGAAGACCUUGAUGCUGAAUUAGAUGCCUAUAUGAAUGGGAACUGA